UAUAAAACCAUAAUCUCUCAGUUGAUUAAAAACACCAUUAUCUCUCAAGUCUUAAUACGAAAACAAUGGAAUCCAAGAGAUCAUCAUCUUCUCCUCUACUAAUUUUGAUUACCACCAUCAUGAUCAUAUUCAUCAUUUCUGGACCUAAAUCUGUCGAUGCAGAUUGCAAACACCCGGUUGGACCGUACACGGACUCAUGCUUUACGGAUUGCGUAUCUGGAAAAUAUGGAUAUAAUUAUGAAUCCGCUUUUUGUAGCCGUGACGAGACCGGAACUUGUAAAAUAUGUUGCUGCGAACUUAUCAACGAAUAGGUGCAUAUGCAUUUGCAUGUUUCAAUGUAUGGUUGGUAACAAAAAAAAAAAGAUGUGGAGAAAGAGAACAAAUUAUAUACUUGUCUUCCCUAUUUUAAAGGCAAUGCAUAACCCUUAAAAUUAUUAUUUACUUGCACAAUCUUGCAAUGCUUGUAAUUUAAUAUAUAUGACAUAACAAUGUGUAUCUUUGUUAUGCACAUUAU